AUGGCGUCCUGGGCUGGCAGGCAGCUCCAGAAGUCUGCGCACUGGCGCAAUAGUUCCAAAAUGGCAGAGCUGUUUAUGGAAUGUGAAGAAGAGGAGUUGGAACCGUGGCAGAAGAAAGUAGAAACACCGGAGGAGGAAGAAGAUGAUGAGCUGAUCUUUGUUGGAGCCAUACCAGGUUCAAAAUCACCCAGUUCAAGUGAACUCGACGAAGACUCAAGUCCAGAGGCUGCCUUUCCUAGAUUUCAUCCUGAGUCUCGAUCUUCAAGUCCAGAGGCUGCCUUUCCUAUGUUUCAUCCUGAGUCUAGAUCUUCAUAUAACUCUAUCGUUCAGAACGUGCCUAAACCUGAUUUUGCAAAGAAUUCAUCACAAGUUGAGUCAGAUGAGUCUUCAGACUUACCAUUCUGCUUGAGCCAGAAUACAGUACCACUGUCCCAAGAUGGAUCCACAAUUUAUAUAGAAGGUCUAGAUGAAACUCUGCCUAAAAUAAAACAUUCUGGUAUUUCUAAAGUAAACACUGUUAAUCCACAAAAGCCAAAGAUCAACAAAAGUGUUUCUGAAAUAGAUCCUUGUGCUUCAUGGUCUUUAAUUCAUUAUUCUUCAGCAACAUCAUCUUAUGUCAUGUGGUCAAAAGGUACACAUACCGUAUCAACUGCCAAUAAAACUGGAACAUUUUUUGUAAGAGCUUGUCCGAAGUGCAAUGUUCAGUUCAAUCUUUUGGAUCCUUUGAAAUACCACAUGAAGGUUUGUUGUCCAGACAUGGUAGAUACAUUUAUGGAAAUGAUUAAAAUAGAGCUUUCAAGCAUUGAAAAUAAAAAUAUGACUGGUGCAGAGAAAGGAAAACUGAUUAUGUUAGUUAGUGACUUUUACUAUGGAAGACAUGAAGGAGGUUUUGAUGAUGAGGAGAAGACUUACACAACCUUUAAAUGCUUCAGUUGCUUGAAAGUUCUUAAAAAUAAUAUUAGGUUUAUGAACCACAUGAAGCAUCACUUGGAACUUGAGAAGCAGAACACUGAGAGUUGGGAAAACCACACCACCUGCCAGCACUGCUACCGUCAAUACCCGACGCCAUUCCAGCUGCAGUGCCACAUUGAGAGCACACACACUCCCCUUGAGUUUUCCACUAUUUGUAAAAUCUGUGAAUUAUCAUUUGAAACUGAACAUAUUCUUCUGCAACAUAUGAAGGACACUCACAAACCUGGUGAAAUGCCAUAUAUUUGCCAGGUUUGCCAGUAUAGAUCAUCAUCAUUUUCUGAUGUAGAAGCUCAUUUUAGAGCAUCCCAUGAAAAUACUAAGAACUUGCUGUGUCCAUUUUGCCUCAAAGUUAGUAGGAUGGCAACUCCCUACAUGAAUCAUUACAUGAAGCAUCAGAAGAAAGGAAUUCAUCGUUGUACACAGUGCAGACUACAAUUUUUGACCUACAAGGAGAAACUGGUUCACAAGCUUGAACAUCGGACAUUUAUAAAGCCUAAAGAGCUAGAGGGAUUGCCUCCUGGGACAAAAGUCACUAUCCGAGCUUCAGUUGGAUCUCUUCAUUCAGGACCAUCAACUUCCAAGAGUAUUCUAUCUUCCAGUAGUUCUGCAAGCACUUCUCUGCAGGUCUCACCUUCAAAGUCUAAAACUAAAACUACUGGAAGUUCUCCAAGAUCUAAUGCAAGUGAAUAUAAGACAAGAAAGUUUCGUGCAACUACAUCCACUAGAAGUAAACCUAGUACCAGUAAGCAAGGUAGAGGUGCAGCUAAAUGCAGAGCAAAAACCUCUUAUAAGCCAAAGAAAAAGCGCAACAGGAAGAGUAAAAUCAGCAUAGCUUUGAAGAACUUACGGUGUCGUCGGGGAAUACACACGUGCAUUGAAUGUCAUACCAAAAUAAAAGAUUUUGCAAGCCACUUUUCAUUAUUUGUGCACUGUAGUUUUUGCAGAUACAGCACUAACUGUAACAAAGCCUUUGUAAAUCAUAUGCUGAGCUUUCAUGCCAGCCAGCCAGCUAAACGGUUUUGCAUUUUUAAGAAGCUUUCUAGAACUCUCAGGGGCAUUACUCUAGUGUGCCUUAAAUGUGAUUUCCUGGUUGAUUCUUCGGCUCUGGAUCUUAUGGCUAAGCACUUAAGUCAACGUAAAACUCACACUUGCCAAGUUAUAAUAGAGAAUGUUCCUGAAAGUACCUCAGCUUUUGAACCCACUUCUGCGUAA